UUGAAUCUACAGCUGAGAUAUCAUCAAGGUUUCUUUUUUGCCUAUUUCGCCGCUGGAAAGUUUACUGCUUCUCGAGACUUGCGACAUCAUCUUCUCCAAACACCACGCGCCAGAUCUGAAGCUUACUAGCAACCUUUCGAGCAACGAUUUUUUUUACAGGGUUUUUAAUAACGAGAUUUUCAUAAUACGAGAUGGCGACACCGCAAGCACAGUAUGAGAAGAUGAUGGACGAGUACAGAAAGAUCCAGACAGAUAUCUCUACAACGAUUGAAGCCCGUCAGAAACUUGAAUCACAGCUCCAAGAAAACAAAAUCGUGCAGAAAGAAUUCUCGAUACUGAACGAAGACUCAAAGAUUUACAAGCUGAUCGGGCCGGUUCUUGUUCCCCAGGAUCGGUCGGAAGCGGUUAUGAACGUCGACAAGCGGCUUGAGUUUAUCACGUCUGAAAUUGAACGGGUAGAAAAUCAGAUCAAGGCUACGCAGCUUACGUCGGAGAAGAAGCGAUCAGAGAUCAUGGCGUUCCAGGCGCAGUUACAAGAAAGCGCAGCUGCUGCGGGCGGCCCUGCGCCUAUCAAGGCUUGAGCACGCAGACCGAGGCGGCUGGAGUCGCAGUGUAUAUAGCGGAAUAAAUUUCUGAAGAGUGUAUGGAUAUAGUUGUUGUUGCAGAAAGCAGAUGGCUGUCGCAGAAAGCAGGAAGUAUAUGCAGGAUAAUCACUUUGUAUGUUUAAGU